AUGGACUCCUCCGUCGAGAAGGGUAGCGGAUCGCUGGAUCCGGACGGGCGCACGGCCUCCGGGAACCCCAAGGCCUGCACCGACUGCUACGCCACCAAGACGCCGCUCUGGCGCGGCGGGCCCGAGGGACCCAAGUCGCUGUGCAACGCGUGCGGGAUCCGGUACCGGAAGAAGCGGCGGGAGGCGCUGGGGCUGGACGGGCCCAAGAGACGGGAGCCUGUCGCGGCGGCGGCGGACGCGGCCUGCGCGGAUGAGGACGCCGGCGGCGAGGAGGAAGAAGAAGACGAGGAGCAGCAGCAGGAGACGACGACGAAGAAGAGCAAGCGCGUGGGGCCGUGGGGGAAGGUGACGGUGGAGCUGCGCAUGGUGGGGUUCGGCAAGGACGCGGUGCUCAAGCAGCGGCGGCGGAUGCGGCGCAAGAGGCGCCUCGGCGAGGAGGAGAAGGCCGCCAUCCUACUCAUGGCGCUAUCCUCCGGCGUCAUCUACGCCUCCUGAGGGAGGCACCCGACCCAGCACCAACAAGCCAAGAUC